GGAGCGUGGAUCUGUAUGGUAACUGGAUGCCGUAUCCAAAAUGGCGGCGCCGUUCAGUUCUAUAGAAUUUCCGCAUCCGAGAAGGGAAAAAAAAAGAGCUCCUGGCUUCCGUGUUACAUCCGGGGACUGCAUCCCGUGUGUUGCGCAGUGACCCUGCUGCGCAGGACUCCUUCCAGCAGCGACAUGUCCAGCAGGGUUGCCGUGGUGACGGGCAGUAACAAGGGCAUCGGUCUGGCCAUCGUCCGAGAUCUGUGCAAGAAGUUCCCAGGAGUGGUGUACCUGACCGCCAGAGACGUCGGCCGCGGUGGCGAGGCCGUGGCGUCUCUGUCCUCUGAGGGAGUGACGGCCAUGUUUCACCAGCUGGACAUCAACGACCUGAGCAGCAUCACCGCCGCCGCCGCCUACUUCAAGGACAAGUACGGAGGCGUGGACGUGCUCGUCAAUAACGCUGGGAUAGCGUUCAAAGUGGCCGACGACGCUCCGUUUGCCGUCCAGGCGGACGUCACCCUCAAGACGAACUUCUUCGCCACCCGAGACAUGUUGACUCACUUCCUGCCGAUCAUCAAAGCAGGAGGUCGCGUGGUAAACGUGUCCAGCUUCGUCGGCGUCCGGACUUUGAACAUGUGCAGCGCGGCGCUGCAGCAGCGUUUCCGCAGCGACGACAUCACCGAGGACGAGCUGGUGACGCUGAUGCAGCAGUUCGUCGACAAGACCAAGACGGCGGAGCACAAGCAGGCGGGCUGGCCGGAGACGGCGUACGGAGUGUCCAAGACCGGCCUGACGACGCUGUCCAUGAUCCUCGCUCGUCGUCUGUCCAAGGAGAGACCCAAUGACGGGAUCUUGCUGAACGCCUGUUGUCCAGGUUGGGUGCGCACCGACAUGGCCGGUCCGAAAGCCCCCAAGUCCCCAGAGGAGGGCGCCGUCACUCCGGUCUACCUGUCCCUGCUGCCGGCCGGCGCCACGGAUCCUCACGGGAAGUUUGUCUCCGAUAAAGAGGUCCAGGUCUGGUGAACGGGUUGGAAAACUGAGCGUUCGUAAAAAGCUUCAACACAGAGAAGAUUUUUUUAAACCCUAAAAAAACCAACAUCACAUGAGAAAAAAUAAUAAUAUUUUGAGUAUUACUGUAACACUAACGAUCCACAUGAAGCCAAAAUAUAUAUAUUUUUUGCAGAUAAACCAAACUGUGAUGUAGGUUAAACAAACCAAAUACCCCAAAUAAAUUAUAUUAUUCCAGGUGUGCGCGCGUGUGCGUGCUGCAUUAAAGGCGAAAAUAAUCAUCCUUUAAUUAUUUUAGGUGCUAUGACUAAACUUUUGAUUUGUUUCACGUUGCCUCUGGUGAUACGAACUUUUCUUUGAAAACAAAAACUGCCUUGUGAAACUCAUGUUCUAAAUAAAAUGUUUUUCUGGUAAAAAAAA